CUCCAAACUAACAUGGCAGUCAGACUGUGUGAUGUGGCUUCUCUGCUUAGAAGUGGUUCGUGGGCAGCAGAGCCUUGGACUGGGCAGGUAAUUGCUGCCAUGGAAACACAACUGUCUAAUGGACCAACUUGCAAUAACACAACCCAUGGUUCAACCACCAUAAACAACUGCUCAUCACCAGUUGAUUCUGGGAAUGCAGAAGACAGCAAGACCAAUUUAAUAGUCAACUACCUUCCUCAAAACAUGACACAAGAGGAACUGAAGAGUCUCUUUGGCAGCAUUGGUGAGAUAGAAUCCUGCAAGCUUGUCAGGGACAAAAUAACAGGGCAGAGCUUGGGUUAUGGCUUUGUGAACUAUGUGGAACCGAAGGAUGCUGAAAAAGCUAUCAGUACUCUGAAUGGAUUGAGACUUCAAACUAAAACCAUAAAAGUUUCCUAUGCACGACCAAGCUCAGCUUCUAUCAGAGAUGCAAAUUUGUACGUUAGUGGACUUCCAAAAACCAUGACCCAGAAGGAACUGGAACAGCUCUUUUCCCAUUAUGGACGCAUUAUUACUUCUCGUAUUCUGGUUGAUCAAGUCUCAGGAGCAUCAAGGGGUGUAGGGUUUAUUCGGUUUGACAAGCGAAUUGAAGCAGAAGAAGCUAUCAAGGGCUUGAAUGGCCAGAAACCUCCAGGUGCCACAGAGCCCAUCACUGUAAAGUUUGCGAACAAUCCAAGCCAAAAAAACAAUCAGGCCAUCCUUUCCCAGCUGUACCAUUCUCCAAACAGAAGGUAUCCAGCACCUCUGGCUCAGCAGGCUCAACGUUUUAGUAGGUUUCCUCCAAUGACCAUUGAUGGAAUGACCAGCUUGGCUGGAAUUAAUAUCCCUGGACAUGCAGGAACUGGAUGGUGCAUUUUUGUAUACAACUUGGCCCCUGAUGCUGAUGAGAGUAUCCUCUGGCAAAUGUUUGGACCCUUUGGAGCAGUAACCAAUGUGAAAGUCAUCCGUGACUUUAACACCAACAAGUGCAAAGGUUUUGGAUUUGUGACUAUGACAAACUAUGAUGAGGCAGCUAUGGCAAUAGCUAGCCUGAAUGGAUAUCGCCUUGGGGACAGAGUAUUGCAGGUCUCCUUCAAAACAAACAAAACACACAAAGCCUAACAAGUUAUUCUCAGUGCAUUAAUACAUGAAAAACUAUACAACAAAGGCAAUUUACAAGAUGCUUUAUGAAUUUGUAAAUGCUUUUGUUGUAUGUCAGUGUGGAAAUGGGGAUAAAAAGACUACUUAGCAUCCUAAGAGUAUGUGAGAUUUUUUUAUUGCUAAUAUUUGAAUUGAAACUUCUUAAAUAUCUUUUGUGUUCGAAUAUUGACAAGAGACACAGGGUUUUUACCUGUCACAAUGCAUAUUCUAUUACCUUCUUUGAAGAAGGUGGACCUAAUGAAAUGUUUCAGUUAAAGAAAAGUUGUUUUUUGUUUUUGUUUUUAUACAUGACUGCCUUCAACCUAUGAGCAAAUAGUGAGGCUGUGU